AUGGCCCGUGGACCCGUCAAGCACCAGAAGCGCCUCAGCGCGCCCUCGCACUGGCUCCUGGACAAGCUGUCCGGUGCCUACGCUCCCAAGGCCUCCCCCGGUCCUCACAAGCUCCGCGACUCCCUUCCCUUGAUCAUCUUCCUCCGUAACCGCUUGAAGUAUGCGCUCAACGCCCGCGAGGUCAACGCCAUUCUCAUGCAGCGCCUCGUCAAGGUUGACGGCAAGGUCCGCACCGACUCGACCUUCCCCUCUGGAUUGAUGGAUGUCAUUUCCAUUGAGAAGACCGGCGAGAACUUCCGCCUGAUCUACGACACCAAGGGCCGCUUCACCGUCCACAGGAUAACAGACGAGGAGGCACAAUACAAGCUCGGCAAGGUCAAGCGCGUCCAGCUUGGCAAGGGCGGAAUUCCCUACUUGGUUACGCACGAUGCGCGAACAAUCCGCUACCCCGACCCAGCCAUCAAGGUCAACGACACCGUCAAGGUCGACCUCGCCACUGGCAAGAUCACCGACUUCAUCAAGUUCGACACUGGUGUCAUUGUCAUGGUUACCGGUGGUCGUAACAUGGGUCGUGUCGGUGUCAUCACUCACCGUGAGCGCCACGACGGAGGCUUCAACAUUGUCCACUUGAAGGAUGCCGUUGACAACGAGUUCACCACUCGUGAGUCCAACGUUAUCAUCAUUGGAAAGGAGAAGCCAUGGAUCUCGCUGCCCAAGGGUAAGGGUGUCAAGCUCUCCAUUGCUGAGGAGCGUGACCGACGCAGGGCGUACGCCAUCGCUGGCAACUAA